GUUUUAAUCAACCAACGAUUUCACCUCUCGCCGAUGACCCGCCUGUCCUAGGCCAAAUUUUCCAGCUUGUUAUCUCCCUAGAUGAUUGGGUCUUAUGGACGGUGUACCUUAUCAAAACAAAAAAUCAUAUUCCGGAGAUGAUAUGUCAUCAGAGCCUUGCAAAAGUCUGUGUUUAAGUUCUCGUCCCGAAAAUGGCAGUUUAUUGGUCCCAGUGGGACAAAAGUCGAUUGACAUUCAACAUUUGGGGGAUAUUUCUUCUGAAGAGUAUGAAAGGCUCGUUCUUUCUCCUCCCCCCGUUCCUCUGAAUCUCGAGGCUGCUAGUGCUGCUAUUUAUGAAGCAGCCUGUCGUUCGCACUCUAGGACACAGUCAAUUAGUGACAGCACGCCUUCCUUGAAGAUAAUUAAACACGAGGGAUACACUGAUUCACAUAGUAACUGUAGUGCAAGAUCUUCAGCUCAUGAGAUUUCCAAGCAAGGGCCAAAAGAAGUUUUGCCUUGUCAUACUGACACAAAGCCUCAGAACAAAUGGCGACGUUUUCUGUGUUGUUUUCCUGAUAAAGCUUGCCGUCCACUACCGUCGAAACGAAAGGAUUCCUCUCCUGUUAAAGGAACAUUGUCCGCAAAGUCUCCAUCUCCUAGUGACGGUAAAUCUAACUUCAAUGAAGUAAAUGAUCUUGUAAAUAAAAAGUCAACCAAACCGGCAAAAUCUGGGAGCAAAAAACGCUCCAGAAAAUUGAAGGGUUUGUCAGUUGACGACACAACCGGAUGUAAAGCUGACCAAUUAGCGCCCCCGUCAUCUACCGAAGAAUUACCCAUACCUACUGUAUCAAUUUUCCAACCUGUUCUCCCCAGUAUGGUGUUGAAUGCUUUAGGAUCAAAAGCUGAUAGCUCUAUCCAUUCGGCUUCAGUAUCAAAUGGUUACAGUUUCAGCGAUCCUGAUGUUCGUGUAGAGUCACCAGUCUUGCGGUCGACUGUCGGAAUGAAUGUCAACACAUCUAAGUCGCACUAUCCGUUUCAAUUUUCAGCCUUAAAACGUAACACAUCUAAUGAUGCAUACGGCAUAAAGCUUGCUGAUAACACUGAAUGUCAGAGUCCUACUACACAGGUAGAAAAUACUAAUGGUUUUGAGUCUGCACAUCACGUGAUUCACCAACAGUUACAGCCUUUGCAUUCAUCAUGGGUUGAGUGUGACAACCCUGAUGGUAAUCAUCUUGUCCCGGACAGCUAUCCUCAUGACCAAUAUGCUAUCAAUUACGAUAGAAAUAAUGGACAAGGUGAUGCUUCUUCCGAAAAUCUUGACCAUUUACCACCUGGAAUAGAUCUAUUGGGUGAAGUUGACUCAGACUGUGUGAAUAAAAAGUGCUUAGUUUUGGACUUGGAUGAGACAUUGGUGCAUAGUUCCUUCAAAUAUGUAGAAAACGCAGAUUUUGUUGUUCCCGUGGAAAUCAAUGGCACUAUUCAACAAGUGUAUGUCCGAAAAAGACCGUAUCUUGAUAAGUUUCUUAAAGCUAUUGGACCACUUUUUGAGUGCGUUAUGUUCACAGCAAGUCUUCGCAAGUAUGCUGAUCCUGUUUGUGAUUACAUUGAUGCCUCGUCGUAUUUUCGUCAUCGCUUAUUUCGCGAGGCAUGUGUUGAUCAUCAGUGCAAUUUAAUUAAGGAUUUGAGUCGUUUGGGAAGAGAUGUGGAACAAAUAUGCAUCGUUGACAAUUCUCCCAUAUCAUUUUUAUUCCAGCCAAGUAAUGCACUCCAAAUCGUUUCAUGGUUCGGUGAUUUAGCUGAUCAAGCUUUAUGUGAGCUGAUACCUUAUCUCACCGGUCUAGCUAGUGCACGCACAGUUGUUGAUUAUCUGAGAGAGUUCAGGCCGCCACAAAAUGCAGCUGUUGCGCAACCAGCCACUCCUACAUGGUUGUUACUAUUUAAUCACAGUCUUCCUGGUGACAUGAACACUUUAGAAGAUAGUGAAGGUGGAGAACUUGAAGAUGACGAUAUUGCUGUGAAUUAUCACGAAGAAGAUGCUGUUCUGUCACCUCAUUAUUCUUUAAAUCAUAAUCGGUUUUCUUAACCAGUCGUAACAUCUGGCUACUUACACAUUGAUUUCAAUUCAAGGCACUGGAUUGGAAAUUGUCAACGAGUUGUUUACAACUAAACGUACAAUAGUACACAUUUUCUUCUCCAUCAAGAAUUUUUCUUUGUUCCAAACGCUCACAAUUUAUUACACAUUACAGUUUAUAAUGCAUAUGCAUUCCGUGAUUUGAAUGUGCAUUAUGAAAAAGGGCCUUUGCCUUUUUUACGUCUAUUUUUUUACGGCUGUGCAAAAAUGUAGCUUUAAUUAUAUAUAUCUGAAAACUCGUUAAACUUCACUAAAAUUACUCUGUUAAACAUCUCUAUCUUCACUGUGAGUAUUUUUUACUUUGAUUACUUUAUUUCGGAGUAUGAUAUCACACUCACUGCCUUGUAAAGACUUUGCAGAAAUUCUCAUCAUUUGUUUACUAUACAACCACCUUCUGUCUUGUUUUUAUUUAUUCUUUUUAAGUGAAUUACCAGUCUGAUAAUAAUGCUAUGCAACUAUCGUAAGCUUAAUAGAUAACAUUUGUAAUAUAUAUAUAUAUAUAUAUAUAUAUAUAUAUAUAUAUAUAUAUAUAUAUAAUCGGAAUGUAGGUGUUUUCAUUGCUCUUCCAAUUAGUUUCGUUAAUUGUUGUAGAUUUACGUCAAUUCUGUUUGAUUCAAUUAUGAGGUUCCACUCUUGACAAUGUACUAUGCAAUUGAUUCUCCUAUAACAUAUUCUUUUCAUUUUUUCUAAAAGUCUGGAAGAAUGUGAUUUUUUUCGUGGAACUCAGGUUUAUUUGUUUUUGGUUGUAUAAAAAUGUUUUCAUAAAAUUGUUUCUUAGUUUCUCUCUUUAGUAUGCUCUUCAUUUGUCCUCUUUCACUGAGUUAUUUACUCGCUCGUUUUUCAUAUUCACUCUCUAUAUCCACUUUAAUCCUCAUCUUUACUUUUAUUCUCUACCGUAAAACCUACAGUUUUUGUCACUUGUUGCUCAAUGUAUGCAUCUAUAAUCAGUGUCUUCCUUCGUUUUACUCCAUUAUUAUAAUCCGAUUGUUUUUUUAGUGCCCCCUCUUUCUUCAUUUACACAUUUCUUCACAGAAGCGCCUUAAGUUCUUGCAUAAAUAUUCUAUAUUCUAUUGAAUCUUCAUGAUAUAUUAACCUUUUAUUUAAAUAGGUCAUCUGUAGAGUAAACCCACUUCGUCCAUACCCAGGUUUGGUUAUUCCUAACUCCAAAUAGUUUAUUACCCAUUCUUUUUUACAUCACAUAAGAAUAUAUAUAUAUAUAGUCUGUGUUCUGUCUUUAUUCUUUUUUUAUUUAAAGUAUGUAAGCGUUUACUCCGAUUGAUUUGUCAUAGUCUUUCAAUAUCGGACCUAAGUUUCCGAUUGCAACUUGAUUUUUCAGAACAUUUUAGGACAGUCAGCGAUUUUUGUACUCAGAAGUCGUCAUUGAAUGAUUAUCCUGGUUUUUCUUCUACUAUUGUUACCUUUUUCACUAUUUGGCUAAAUUACUCGUCAGUUCUAUCUGUUCUUAGCCUACAAGUUUGAAAUAUGUAUUUGUGUGCUUGGUUAUAAAAUGAUAUGAGCUUAUAUACCUCAGUGUACUAGAUUUGCUCAAUAUUUGUUCUGUAUGAAACUUAAUGUUGGAUAGUGUUUGAAUUGUGUAAUGUUUCUGGUUUAUACCAGGUCAUCUAUAAAUAUUCAUUUAUGUGUUAUUGUUGUCGUUCUUAUUUUCCUGUUAAUUAAUAAAUUAGGCAAAUAUUUCCCAUUUCAUAAAUUUAUUACUUUAAAACCAGCAUGUCUUUUUUCCCUCAAUAUUUUAUUUGUUUUUAUUAGAUAAUAACUUUAAAUAUAAAAGUGAAAAUAUCAA